AAAAGGGAAUAUUGUUACGUUGAUGAUAAUGUUUGUUGUUAUCGUUGUAUUAAACGAUCGACUGAAUAUGACCAAUUGCCUAUGAAACACAAUAGCCAGAGGACUGUCCACCAACAACAUGAAAUGUCUUAAAAUACUCAACAGAUGUCAAUUUUGCCAUGGUGUCGUACGGAAUGAAUUUGUGGGUGAAAAAAUUCAAUCGAGUUUAUGUAUCUCUGUCUGUGCUACCAUUGACCAGUGUACCCACAUAAGACUGAGCUGUAUCUACCAGCAUUACCAACAACAUAUCGCAUAUUCAUCAUAAGGCGAAGAAGGUGAUGGCACGUACUACGCGCUCAAAACGAAAAAUGGCGAAUACGAGCGACGCUCAAACGUCUGCGAGCAGUCUACUGGCGAAUACAACAGCAGGUCCAUUCAUCGAUGCCAAUGUAUCGACGAGUUAUGCAACUGAAGGAUACAGUUUCAAUUACACUGAGAUUGUCAAUAGUCUAGGUGGUGGUUAUUCGCUUGAUAGUGUUAAUUACACAGAGCUGUGGAUUGAUGUGUGGAAUACUACCGAGCGGAGUAAUACUACGGCGAGGUUGAAUGCAACAAUAUUGCCGCAUGGGGGCUAUUGUGAUGAAUGGGAAUCUGCACAGCACAAGCUCUUUCAGGCGGCCAAUCUCUUCUUCGCCGCAGCCUUUCUCGUACCGAGAUCCUUCAAAGCAUCAGUACUGGCAUUGCGGACAUGCCUGACAGCUGGCUUUAUGCUGGCAGCACUAUGGGCUGGCAUAACAAUUUGUGCCCUUGACGCUAUGCUCUGGUGUUUAGCACUUGGCCUCUUAAAUGGCAUACAUUCACUUAUAUUAGCCUGUCGUUUUCUACCACCAGCCCUCAGUCCGGAAUUGGCCGAGCUUUAUCUCAAACUCUUUAAGCCAUAUCGCGUGAGCAAGAAACACUUCCAAGAACUUGCCAAAGAAGCGAGAAUACUCAAAUUGGAUCCUGGACAGACUUAUGCAACUGAGGGAGUUUCCGCAGCUGACGAGAGGCUAUCGAUAUUACUACGUGGCAAAUUGAAAGUAACGUGCGACGGUACACAUCUGCACUACAUCCGAGCUUAUCAGUUCGUUGAUUCCCCCGAGUGGGAGGCAACACAUGAGAACCUGGACGAUGUCUUCCAAGUAACAAUACGAGCCGAGGAGACAAGCACUUAUAUAUGCUGGACACGACUGAAACUACUGCGAGUACUGCGCCAUCGUCCUUUGUUGAAGGUUGUAUUGACCACCUUAAUUGGCAAGGACAUAACGUCCAAGUUGUACGCACUCAAUGAGCAGUUGGCUGGGGUUGCGGCGGCCCAUGAAAACGCUGUUUCCAAUCCCUAUCGGGGAAUAGCUAGAAGCGUCAGUGUUGAUGCCGUUGAUACGGAAACUGCUGGACGAGUUAGAUCUCAUACGUGGAAAGAAAGGCGAUACAGUAAUCCACGGAACUCGCCACAGCCUUAUGGCCACCAGUACUGGACUCCAGUGGUGGCUAAUCAUUUUCCGUCGACAUCACCAUUCGUACCAAACCAAAACCUCGGAUACACACUGUUGCCUCAAGGUGUGACAUUCUCACCACCUCGUAUACCCACUGCCACACAUCCACCUUUAACAAGACAACGUAGUGUGGGCGGGGGUUCUGGUGGCGACUACACCCUAUUGCCCACUACCCCCAAGCUCGAACGCAAGCGCUCGAAAAAAGGAGCUCGUGAGGUGACAUUUGAAACACCUGUAUGACGUUCGCUCGACGGGGAAGGCCCUGCCAGUGUACCACUUUUAUCACUGUCUCCGCAGCGUAUCGCCUAGCCCCGUCGGACUCACCAUGACACACGGAAGAUUCAACUAACGAGGUAUGUUCUGUGAGUGUUUUCAAAGUGAAAAUGGAUCAACUGUGGGUGGCCUAAGAGAGAGAAAAAAAGAGAGAGAGAAAAAAAAAUAAACGAUUGAAUUGAAAUAAAAAUCUAACGUGUUCUUCCAACACUUUAACGAGUGUCAGUUAACCAAGGACAUGCCUCACCUCCUCGGAAAUCACUUGUAAAUUCACCGAGAGGGAAAAUGGAACGGAAAAUAACGUAUAAAAAGGAAAAUAAAACGAGUGCAGGGAAAUCCGGAUGGGGAUUUCCAUGCUGGGACAAUUGUUCGUUGAAUUUUUUAUACUCGCGAGUGGGUGACUGCCACAAAUGUCCAACGUUUUUGGUCAUUAUCGAUCGUGUGCUGUUGAUAUUAUAGUGAAAUGAAAGAGACUGGAGGGAAUGGAAGCUUGAGAAAAUAAAAAGCGAAAGCGAAUGAGACUAUUAUGAACACCAUCCCCCUUGUGUAUACCUUUUAAAUCGACUGUGAUUAUAAUAACGGAUAUAAAUUGUUAAGGGUAUGAAAAGGACAAAUUAUCAAUGAAAAAAAUAUAUUGAAAUAGCUUGAACGCAACGUCCCCGGCGCAACGUUUGGGGUGCGGUUUCUCGGGGAUUCCCCCUUUCGUCUGUCCACGUGUCACAUUUUUAUGUCGUCAUGACACGCGCAUCCCUCUUACCGACGAGCGAAAAUAAAACACUAAAUGGAGAAAUAAAAAAUAUUCAACUCGUUUCUCGCGGAUGAAUAAAUAUUGUUGUUAUACUGAAAAAAUUGCGUGACAAUAUAUGUUCCUUUGGAUUUUUCGGGGAGGUGAUGAAAUAGUACAUGGGGGGUACUUUUGUACUCAAGUGAAAAAUAAUGAAAAAAAUAUAAAACGCUUUUGCCUAGAUGUUGCU